UCGUCACUCGUAUCAGCUCACUCCGUUGCAUGAGAAGCAUUCGAAACGACAUCGCUGUCUUUCAGUCAAGCCCAAGUGUAACCAACGUCUCUGCUCUAGACUCUCCUCAUCCGGGCGCGUCAGCGUUGAACCAGAGGACACCGGCUCUGUGACAGACACAUUGAAACAUGGGAAGUCUCGAUGACAUCGAUUUGACGGCCUUGAAAGACCCGACAGGAAUAUUCGAACUGAUUGAAUGCGUCGGCAAUGGAACUUACGGGCAAGUCCACAAGGGACGACACAUUCAUACGGGACAACUGGCAGCUAUCAAGACCAUGGACGUGACAGAGGACGAAGAGGAGGACAUUCGUUUGGAGAUAAACAUGUUGAAAAAGUAUUCGUAUCAUCCCAACAUUGCCACAUACUAUGGAGCAUUUGUGAAGAAAGGACAACCAGGACACGAAGACCAACUAUGGCUGGUUAUGGAAUAUUGUGGUGCUGGAUCAGUAACCGAUUUAGUUCGAAGUAUGAAGACACGUUCGCUCAGAGAGGAAUGCCUGGCGUAUAUCUGUCGAGAGAUUUUGAAGGGUGUGAGUCAUCUGCACAAGAACAAAGUGAUUCAUCGUGAUAUUAAGGGACAGAACGUUUUGCUUACAGAAAAUGCUGAAGUGAAAUUGGUUGAUUUUGGAGUCUCUGCUCAGUUGGAUAGAACGAUUGGCAAACGAAACACAUUUAUUGGAACUCCGUACUGGAUGGCACCAGAAGUCAUAGCUUGUGACCAACAGCCAGAUGCAUCUUAUGAUCACAGAGCUGACAUGUGGUCACUCGGCAUCACGUGCAUUGAACUUGCAGAUGGAGAACCACCUUUGUGCAGCAUGCAUCCCAUGCGAGCUCUCUUCCUCAUUCCACGGAAUCCUCCACCAAGGCUAAAGCAGCCUAGAAAAUGGUCACGAAAAUUGUUACAUUUUUUGGAUCUCUGCUUGAUCAAGGACUACACAAGAAGACCAGCAGCAGACAACCUACUCAAGCAUGAAUUUGUCAAUGUUCCUCAUGAUAGACAAGCUCGCAUUAUGCUCAAAGAUCUGAUUGAUCGAUACAAGAAGAAGAAGAGUCAGAACGAUGAGUACGAGUAUUCUGGAAGUGAAGACGAGGCUGGAGACGUGUCUGAAGCUGGAACUCUAAAGACAGAGCAAUCGUCUGCUGGUUUGUCAUUGAUGAGAGGAGGAGCUGGACCUUCAUCUCCAGUUGAAGCCGCAGUUCACGAAGGCAUCACUGACCUCAAAGCUUUAGGAGGCAACCGACGAGAAUCUCAAAUAAUUCGGGGACUAGCAGUUCCAACACCGGGCAUGCGUGCAGGUGAUGCACUUCAUUCUGCUGUUCAUGAAGACGAGGAGGAGGAUGAGGACGCAAACACACCCGUUGACAAAGAUGGAACAAUCUUAGCAUCCGAUCCCAUGAAACCAAUGUACGAGACGUUUGGAGAUACGAUGAUUGUCCACAAUGGAGCUGACAGAACUCCACUCAUUCAAGAUGCAGGCAACCGUGGACGAGGCGCUCUUGGAGCUUCGGAUGGAUUACAAAGACUCGACUCGUCCACUCCAUCUCGACCUGUGGCUAAUGGACUUGCUGCCGGUUCUAAUCCUCAUACGUCUCGAUUGAUGACGGGAGAAGUCAACGCUGCACCUAAACGUUCAUUUGGUGCUUUUGCUUUCAAAAGGCAUCAGACUCCUUCUCCGGUUGUUAAUGUGAGUCCAGUCCCGAGUGCGAUGGCGGUGGAGAGUCAGGCAAUGGCUCCUGAGAUACGGAAGUAUAAGAAGAAGUUUCAUGCUGAGAUUCUUUGUGCAUCGCUAUGGGGAGUCAAUCUGCUGGUGGGAACGGAGAAUGGACUGUUGCUACUUGACAGGAGUGGACACGGGAAAGUGUUCCCUCUCAUAUCUCGUCGUCGUUUUGCUCAAAUGGAUGUGCUUGAAGGUCUCAACGUGCUCGUCACGAUCUCAGGGAAACACAACAAGAUGCGAGUUUACUAUCUCAGCUGGCUGAGACACAAGAUCAUUCGAGGUGACGAGGUGAAAGAGAAACGAGGCUACGUGACCGUAGGUGACCUGGUGGGCUGUAUUCACUAUAAGAUUGCCAAGUAUGAAAGAAUGCGUUUUCUCUGCAUUGCACUGAAGGAUAGUGUUGAGGUGUAUGCGUGGGCACAGAGACCGUAUCACAAAUUCAUGGCAUUUAGAUCAUUUCCCGAAGUUGUUCAUCGUCCUCUUCUCGUCGACAUGACAAUCGAAGGGUCUAACAAACUGAAGGUUAUCUAUGCGUCUGCAGUCGGCUUUCAUGCUAUUGACAUGGACACGGGAUCUAGCUAUGACCUCUACAUGCCACCAAGACAUGGACGUUCGGGUAUUCAUCCUCAUGCCAUUAUUGCCUUUCCCGGUGUGGAUACUCAGGAGCUGCUACUCUGCUACGACAACGAAGGAGUGUAUGUCGAUACAUUUGGAGAUGUGGUAAGGGACAUUCGUCUGCAGUGGGGAGAAUUGCCUACCUCUGUUGCGUAUAUCGGAACCGGUCAGAUCAUGGGAUGGGGAUCAAAAGCCAUUGAGAUACGAUCAUUGGAAGCCGGGUCACUAGAAGGCGUCUUCAUGCACAAACGAACACAAAAACUGAAAUUUCUUUGUGAGAGAAACGACAAGGUAUUCUUUGCUUCGAUUCGAGGCAGCUCUAACUCGCAGGUCUACUUCAUGGCUCUCAAUCGAAGAAUCCCAGGAACAUAGAUUUGUACGUUGACAUGUGGUUGAUGGUAUUUUUAUUUUUAAUUGACUAUUGUAAGAGGUUGCAGGAGUAAGUAAUAGGUAACAGUACAGGACACUGAUGCAUCAUAAGAGUCUGCACUAAUACAGUAAAGUGUGUUCUAGACGUGCAGUGUUUAGCAUUGCCAGACUGGAUGUGUACAAAGCCUUUGUUGGUAAACUGAUCUUGUUGUGUUAGUGUUUAUGGAUACUAACAAUCAAUUUGCAUUGUAUUGGUGA